AGAGUCUACGGAUCUGCAAAUUAUGGGACCCACCAGCAUGGCAACUUUGCCCAGCCUCAUCCUCUUUCUGGCUGCACACCUAACUCAAGGUUCGUGUUUGAUCUGUGAGACCUGUAUAGGUCCAGGAAAAGAUUGCACUGGCUUGAACCGCACCUGUGGAAGGACUGCAGAUGCCUGUCUUACCUUUGUGGGAAUAAAUUCUUUGGGGGCUGAGAAAAUGACUGAGACUGUCAAAACGUGCACUGCUGGCAGGGCCUGCCAGCCUGAACCCGUCAGUGUCACCAUCAACUCGGACAUCCAUUUCUGGAGCACCUCCAGCUGUUGCCGAGAUGACCUGUGCAACAGCAAAAAGUUAAAUGUGCCACCUGUGAAUACCACCCCCAAUGGGCUGACCUGCCCAGCUUGCUUUAACCUUGGUUUUGAUCAGUGCGAAGUGAUCGAGUCUCUGAGCUGCACAGGAGAAGACAAUCACUGCAUAACCUCCUCUGGAACCUUGAGCACUGGUGGUAUCACCCCCAUGAUAUUUGCUGCCAGAGGCUGCAGCUCUGCCUCAGCAUGCUCUCUGCCCCUGAAGACCAGCAUUUACACCGCGGGAAUCACCUUUCACCUCAACAAAAUUGGGUGCAACCCAGCACGGAGAGCCAGCAGCACCUAAGGGAGGCACUGGUGGAGGGUUCGGAAGCCCUGAGGAUGGAGGCCUCUGACAUGAUUCUGCUGGAGGACCCUCUCAGAAGAUUUGCUCCUCACUCUCAUGCAACUUGAGAAUGUGGUCCUUGAAUUAUCUCCUUUACUGAAUUUAAUGAAUAAACAGCAUGAAAAACGA